UAGUCACAUACGUGACUUGACUGCUAUUGAAACUCGGCAUCUCGAGAUUAAGAAGAGGAGUAUUGGCCAAAGCCAAGUAGAGGUAUUUUAUUGUCUGAGGAGUUGACUGCUAUGGAAAAGGAGGUCCUGGGAGUGGAGGGACUGGAAAGGCUACUUUCGGAAACAGGCAGUGGAGAAACUCAGAGUGGAAAGACUGACACGGAGGCACCUUUCACCAGUGAAAAUAUGUCAGAAGUUUGGGUUCAGGGAGUCACUGAUGACGGACAGACCUACUACUACAACACACAGACAGGAGAAGCUCAGUGGGAGAAACCAGAGGAAUUUGAGGUUGAAAGGAAAACUUCACAACAGACAGAAGCUGAAAAUGAGAAAUCUUCAACUGGUCCAUGGGUGGAGGUUUCAAGUCCAGAUGGGACCUACUACUAUAACUCUGAAACAGAGGAGACCAGUUGGGAGAAGCCAGCAGAAUUAUCUCCCCCGGAAGAGAAGGAGGAUACCCCUUCUCCCAACCCCGAGGCCCUAUCAGGGGAAGAGGAGAGCCUAACAGGUGCGGAGGAGGAUUCCAGAGUGCUUCAGGAGGAGGAUAAUAGUUGCGAUUCUGACGACACAAAUGACGCAAAUGAUGAUGACGAUGAUACCAAUGAUGACAAGAUCACUCCACCUGAGGAUGAGGAAGAAGAGGAAACUCCAGCAAAGAAGGCCCGGAAGACCAGCCCGUGUGCGACGGGAGAGCAGGCUGAGGAGGAACAAGAUCCAAAUGAGCCCGGUGACCAGGAGGAGAGUGAGGUUAAGAUCAAAGAGAGCACCAUCGUCCCAACGGUGGAGAAGCGAGCCACACAGGAGGUCAGCAGGAAGAGGAAGCUAGAGAAUGGGAAAUCCAGGAGCUUUCAGCAGAGGGGCAAGGAUGAUAAUGAGUAAACUCAGACUCAAACUGAGGACUUAUAAGGACAACCUUCUGACUGGGAAUAGUCUUAGAGAUGUUGUUCUCCAUUGUCUGACUAGAGAACACAGUUUUUACUAGAACCCCACAUUUUGUGCUUAUUAUACCAUCUCUAAUAAUGAAUUAUAACAAAAUUAGAUAGAAUUAAUUCUGUAGAAUAUGGGCCAGAUUUAGAACAUUUUGAGCGCUUGCAAAAAGAUCUAGCAUAUUACGCCGUCAUCUUGACCAAUGAACCGGAAGGAUUUGCAGGAGCUCACAACUUUCCAUGUGCUCAAAUCUUUAUGUUUACUAAUUUGCUGAAGUAUAAUGAUCAUGUUAGUCCUCCCGUAUGUGCCCCAUUUUGUCCACUUUUCGUACGAAACAUGGAAAUCCUACUUGAAAAGGGCAUCCAUAAACUGUACUGGAUAAAACUCUGUGUGUGAAUGCAAAUAACAUAUAUAUUGUGCUGCCGCUCAUUAUUUUAUCAUAAAAUAUUUGUUUAAUUCAAGAAAAGGAGGAGAGCCUUGUGCACAGCAUAAUAUAAGGACGUGCUGGUCCAAUGAGAUACAAAGAACAUAAAGGCCAGCAGUAACUGGUAUUCUGAACCGCACACUCAAAAAAGAAAAGAUAACAAGACUUUAUUACAACACUUGCAAUUGAAUUGCAAGCUUGGGUGCAAAUUACACAUUUUGCUAUCACUUCAUCAGGUUCAGUUUGUUUUAUUUACAUCUAAAACAGCAUCUGUUUCAUGAAGUGCCUAUGCAAUUAUGCUUCAACGCUUCAGGGUUCUAGAAAAUAGUAAUUACACAUUGUGCCCGAUGGAUAAUUUAGGCUCAGGGGUUGUGAUGGUGCUGGUUGAGGAAGAUAUCAAUGUCAUAGUAGGACUUUAUAUGAAAACAGUCUGCCUGUAGGAGAUAGGCUGUGGAUGUGCAUGUGAUGGCUGAUAUCCUUAGCCACACCCAACAUAUUUUUAUUGGACUCUUAAAGAAGUUUAGGUUUUUAUUAUUGGAUGCUUAGAGAUGUUAAAAUGUUUUUGUGCAAUGUGAGGGCCUCAGCAUCUUGACACACUGGUGUGUGUAUUGCCACAAAUACUUGUGUACAUGUAUACAAACACAUGAAUAAAUGUGUGUGUUAGUGUGUUACAAACUCUCACAAACUCUUACAAA